AUGGCUCUGUUGUACGACAAGGACGCAUUACUGGACCGGCUGAAGGCAACGUUUCUUGUGGACCAGCUCGUCGACCAAGAGCUCGUUGCCGACAGCACGCCGUUUCCGGACUUUACGAAUCUUCCGUCAGAUGAGACGGCCAAACAGGAGGGCCAGGUGGCCAAGUUCUUUCUGAAGCCCGACUCUUCGCCAAAUCGCACUCCCUCUAGCUCGAUUUCGAGCCACAGGUCCGCCAAAUACUCGCCACUCUCCCAGCCGUUCGAACCCCAGAUUGAUCACGACCAUUCAAGUCACUCAGAUACGGACACAGAUUAUGAUUUGAACGAUACAGAGUUUCCAGAGUUGCAAUUGAACAAUUCAAACUCCGCGUCAGGCGACACACCUCUCUACGACCUGGCGUUGGAGGACGACAGUGAUCUCGAGGAGAACAUCGUUUUGGCAGCAGAGCAACUCAAAAAUACGGUGCUGGAUGGCCAGAAUGGCACCGAGGGACCCCAUGCGCAUAUUCGCAAGAGCACAAGCAGUAAUCUUGCUCUGCUGUCGUCACGGAGGCCCUCCAAGCAGCGCUCGAUCAUUGGUAUGCCUACUGAAGUCGGCUCAGUUUUGACGGGUUCAGUUAUGCCUGUGCGUCGACACUCAGACUUUCCUCUAUCUGGGGUUCCAGAUAUUCCUCAACCCACGGAAGAAGAGCAGACUAGGGAACUGGAGGUGGAAAGGGUGUCUGUCGAUGAGAGCUCUCAUGCUACUGCUUCAUUGCUGUCCCAGCAGCUCCAAGAACAGGAUGGCGGUGCUACAAGUUUGCUAAAGAACUACAAAGCAGCAGCUGGUAGUGCCGAUGGAGCCGAACUCAAGUUCUAUAUUCCAUCGAAAACCAAAAAACCUAUCACCGUUAAAGUGCGGAGGGAUUGUCCUGUCAAUAUGGCACUAGGAUACACUCUGUAUUCGUACGUUGAAAGCGGACAAGAACCAAAACUCACCGAAGAAGAGUAUGAUGCGAAUAGAUGGAACGUGCGUUUGGUAGAAGAUGAUGGCAUGCCAGACGAAGACUUUCCUGCAUUAGACCGAGUCAGGUCGAUUACGCUUUAUUCCGUGGAUGAGUUUGCGUUGGUGCCGGCCACGGACGAAGAGUUUGCUGCAAAUUCCCAGGUCACUCCCAACAAGUUUGCUAGGAAUGCCCAACAUGUGCCGAGCCGCAGCACGAACUCAGCUGCUGAAGUACCGGUUAGCGUGUACUUGUACCCAUACGACCCGCUGCUAUCGCAAGCCAUUUUCGACGAGGUUGUUGACUCCAAAAGCACUGUCCAAACGGUGUUUGAUUCUGUCUGCAAAAUUCGUAUGCUUGAGCAUGACAUGUAUGUUUUACGGGUAGGUUCGACGAAGCGGAUCAUCAGCAGCUCGGAACCCGUAGCAGCGAUCGCUGGUCAACCGUUAGAGAUGACUCCGCGACGAGCUCUGCAACGUGAUGAGGGUAUUCUACCGUCGGCCGUCAGUCCCACCAAACCCCUGUUCAAGGAUGCUCGGCGCCGCCUCAGCCAGCGUACCACGGACGACGACGACGGGCUGCCGGCCAAUGUUCUGGGCUACCACCACUACAAAGUGUGGCGGCGGCAGCAAAUGAAGAUUUUGGGCCGACAGCGCCGCGAGUUGGCAAUUGACGGUGAGUACAUCCGGAUCCAGCCGCCCGAGGACCGCAUGGUUGGCGAAAACGAAAAAACUACUCAAUUCCACAUCAAGAGAGUAGGUCGCGUCAAGCAAUCGUCAAAAGUCAGCACGAAUUUCAAGAUUCUCGUCUACAAAGAUGCUGGACCCAAAUACUACUUUUUGGAGGGCGAAACGCCCGAAAUUACUCGAGAUAUUGUCAACCGCAUCAGUUCCAUGAUGAAACGAAGCGGUAGCUCCUUUGUCCGAAGUUAG